UACUCUGCUCUAGUCACAAGUGUUUGCUCGGGACACUCUUCAGCCCUCCGUUGUCCCUUCUCCCCAAGGGGCUCUGGGGCCUUUGGGAUUCCUGUCGAGUUCACUCAAAGGCCUGCAAGGACCUAACGCCACUCAGAACCACCCCAAGGCUGAGCAUGACCCAGGAGGAGGCACUGCCAGACUCACAUUCUGCACAGGGCUUCUACGAGAACUAUGAGCCUAAAGAGAUCCUUGGCAGAGGAGUUAGCAGCGUCGUCAGGCGCUGCAUUCACAAGCCCACGUGCCAGGAGUAUGCUGUGAAGAUCAUUGACAUCACAGGAGGGGGCAGCUUCAGCUCUGAGGAGGUGCAGGAGCUGCGAGAGGCCACGCUGAAGGAGGUGGACAUCCUGCACAAGGUCUCAGGGCACCCCAACAUCAUACAGCUGAAGGACACUUAUGAGACCAACACUUUCUUCUUCUUGGUGUUUGAUCUGAUGAAGAGAGGGGAGCUUUUUGAUUAUCUUACCGAGAAGGUCACCCUGAGUGAGAAGGAAACCAGAAAGAUUAUGAGAGCCCUGCUGGAAGUGAUCUGCACCUUACACAAACUCAACAUUGUGCAUCGGGAUCUGAAGCCUGAGAACAUCCUCUUGGAUGAUGACAUGAACAUCAAACUCACAGACUUUGGCUUUUCCUGCCAGCUAGAGCCAGGAGAGAAGCUGCGAGAGGUCUGUGGGACCCCCAGUUACCUGGCCCCUGAGAUCAUUGCGUGCUCCAUGAAUGACGACCACCCAGGCUAUGGGAAGGAGGUGGACAUGUGGAGCACAGGGGUCAUCAUGUACACCCUGCUGGCUGGCUCCCCACCCUUCUGGCACCGGAAGCAGAUGCUAAUGCUGAGGAUGAUCAUGAGUGGCAACUACCAGUUUGGUUCACCUGAAUGGGACGAUUAUUCGGACACCGUGAAGGAUUUGGUUUCCCACUUCUUGGUGGUGAGUCCCCAGAGCCGCUAUUCAGCAGAAGAGGCCUUGGCACACCCCUUCUUCCAGCAGUAUGUGGUAGAAGAAGUACGUCACUUCAGCCCCCGGGGCAAGUUCAAGGUGAUCGCUCUAACAGUGCUGGCUUCAGUGCGGAUCUACUACCAGUACCACCGGGUGAAGCCCGUGACCCAGGAGAUUGUCAUCUGUGACCCUUAUGCCCUCCGGCCUCUGCGCCGACUCAUUGAUGCCUAUGCUUUCCGAAUCUACGGCCACUGGGUGAAGAAGGGCCAGCAGCAGAAUCGGGCCGCCCUCUUUGAGAACACACCCAAGGCUGUGCUUCUCUCCCUGGCUGAGGAGGACUACUGAGGGGCUGACACGAGGGCAAACCUAGCUGUGAGGACAAGAGGAGAAAUCCAUAUAAUUAAGAUGUUGGACACAAAGUCUCCCUUGGUGCUGAAAGUUGGCAAGAAAAGGCGCAAGGUGUCCUGGGCUCUUUUGCUUUUCACAACAAGGGCUGCUUGCUUUCUUUGCUGUACCCUCAACUCCUGGUGGAGGCAGAGGUGUGGAAGCAGUACCAACACAGCUCUGGUGCCACCUGUACUCUGGGAUACAAGGACUCGGCCCUCAGCC